CAACCAGAGACUGGAGACUCUUCUGAACCUGAGACUGAUGACAGUGCUGAUUGGAAGGAGACCAGAGAACAGGAAAAACUAUUUAGCUGCGGUGUUUGUGACGAGACAUUUCAGUGGCUAAAUCAGGUCAAAAGACAUAAAUGUGUUGGCCGUCAGUCGUCACAGCUUCAUCAGAGUCCAACUGAGGAGAACAGCAAGGCAGAGCCUCCAUCCAGCAGAGAAACUCAACACAUGGAAACAGAAGCUGAUGGAGAGGACUGUGGAGGACCAGAACCAGCCAAGAACUCACAUCCACUUCUACAACCAGAGACUGAAGACCAGACUGGAGACUCUUCUGAACUUGAGGCUGAUGACAGUGCUGAUUGGAAGGAGACCAGAGAACAUCAGUCGGCUUUAAACUCUCUGAAAAAUACUGAAGUCCCAGUAAGUCGUACGACUGAUACCGCUGGGGAAAAACUGUUAGGGGGCUCUGAGUGUUGGAAAGGACUUGGCUGCAAGACACUUAAGUAUCGCACGGUUAUAAAGAAGAUUCUGUUCAGCUGCAGCGUUUGUGACCAAAGUUUCACCUGGUACAAACAGCUCAGGAACCAUCAGUGUCUCGGCCGUCAGAGUCAAACUGAGGAGAACAGGGAGGCAGCUGAGGACACGGAAGCAGAAGCUGAUGGAGAGGACUGUGGAGGACCAGAACCAGCCAGGAACUCUCAUCCACAUCCACUAUUACAACCAGAGACUGAAGACCAGACUGGAGACUCUUCAGGAUUUAAAACAAAGGGUGGAGAUGACGAUCAGACUGACCCCAGUGAUCCUCACUCAACUCUGAAAAGUAACAGAGUCCCUGUGAGCGAUGAGCGACGUACAGGAGAGAAAACUUUCAGCUGUUCAGUUUGUGAGAAAUGUUUCAAAUACAGAAGUUUUUUUGUGAAGCACAUGAGAACGCACAUGAGAGAGACAACGUCCUCUGUUAGUGAUGCUCACAGUGAAGUACGUUUAAAACCAGACACUGGAGACUCUUCUGAAAUUAAUUCUGACGUCAGCGAUCAUCGGACCGAUCCCAGUGAACCUCAGUCAACUCUGAAAUGUAACAGAGUCCCUGUGAGCGGUAAGAGACGUAAAACUGGAAAUUGGAAACAGUUCAGCUGCUCUGAGUGUGGGAAACGAUUUAGCAAGAAGACAAAUCUUAAGGUGCAUAUGAUAAUUCACUCAACAGACAAACCAUUCAGCUGCACAGUUUGCGGUAAAAGGUAUUCUCAGAAGGGGAACUUAGUUCGUCACAUGCCACAUCACACCGGAGAGGAAAAAUACAGCUGUAUGGUUUGUGAGAGACGUUUUAAAUUCAAAAGAGAUGUCGGGCGACACAUGACGAUCCACACAAAAGAGACACUGAAGAGUCUGAACCAGGAGCAGCCAGAUCCACUUUUACAACCCGAAGACAAGACUGGAGACUCUUCUGAACUGGAGAGGGAAGUCAGCGAUGGUUCAAAAGAGAGCAGAGAAUGGCAGUUCGGUUUGAUGUCUCAGGGAAAUAUCAAAGUCCCGGCUGAGAAAGCACAUAGCUGCUCUUUUUGUGGAAAAACAUUUGCCCGUAAGUUCUGUCUGAAGGUCCACAUAAGACUGCACACCGGCGAGAGGCCGUUCAGCUGCUCCGUCUGCAGCAAAAGCUUCGUCCAGCGCUACCACUACCUGGAACACACGAGGCUCCACACGGGAGAGGACACGUUUGACUGCUCUGUGUGCGGGAAAAAGUUCGGACACAAGUUCCGACUCAGAAACCACAUGGGGACUCACACGGGAGAGAAGCCGUUCAGCUGCUCCGUCUGCGGUAAAGGUUUCAGAUUCAGCGGGGAGCUGAAGCAACACGCGAGCGUCCACUCGGGGGAGAAACCGUUCAGCUGCUCCGUCUGCCUACGAGCUUUCCGUCUUAAGGUCAUGUUAAAAAAUCACAUGAAAAUCCACAGCGGGGAGUUCCCGUUCAGCUGCUUGGUAUGUGGCAAAAGAUUCAGGCAAAAGGGAAAUCUGAAAAAACACGCGACGAAGCACGAGACGGAAAAAUCUCCGGCUGCAGAGUAGAGGGUGACCCGCUGGAGUCCCGAAAAAUGCAGUACGGGACUCAAUCUCACUGCUGGUAACGUGAUAGGGACAGAAUAGAGCAUAGAAAUCAGCGGGAGCGAGCGGGACGUAGGGCCCUAUGAUUUCCGUGAUGCCAAACUGAUCUCAUAAAGUGGCGUAUGUAUGUCAUGAAGACGCAUAAUUGCUUUUUAGCGUGUUUAUCAACACAUUUCGGCCGCCAUUGACUUACAUUACGUGUGAAUUUUCGCCCUAGCGAGUAGUAUGAAAGGAUGUAAAUCCGCAUAGGGAAGUUAGUUGGGGUGGAGGAUGGGAAAAACACUUUCACCCAGGAGAGCUGGGAUCGCGUCCUGCAUGUGGCAUUUAUUUUUAUUUUUAUAAGCCUUCCCCAAUGUUUCUUUCCUAAACCCAACCGUUUAUGGUUUUCCUAAGUGUUUUUUUGUGUUACUAAAGACUUUCCCAAUGUUGCGUGUGACGUUUUUGCGAUAAGUACGUCACGUUCUCGCGAUAACGCGUGUGACGUUCUCGUGAAAGCGCGUGGUGUGUAUGUUUACAUCCGCUGUAUACAGCGUAGACAUACACGUGGAUAGCUCA